AUGAGAGUGUGGUGGGCGACCUUGCUGGCGCUGCUCCCGCACGUCGCCGCGAUCCCUCGCAGAGGCAACGAGCCAUGGUCCAUCGUCCUCUGCAAACUGCGCGGCAUCGAGUAUGAGCCUCGCACCGUCGAGUGGUUCCGCGAAUGGCUCACUGACGGUAACAACCCAGGUGGUUUGCAUUCAGAAUCCGUAUAACGACCCCUAUGAUGCAGACACCCUCGAGAGCUACUUCUCCUCCGUUUCUAAUGGAAUUUACACAGUCAGAGGUUCGAAUGUGACUUCCUGGCUACGCCUUCCGUGGAGCAGGGAGGACAUUGCUAGAAUGGCUCUCACCGAUCCACGUCUUCAGUCGGCCAAGGAGAAACCUUUUGCGGUAAGCUUGAAAUGUAGAGAAUCCCUACUAACUUCUGGUUGAGUUGUUUGACAAGGCGAAGCAGCUGUGUAUAUCGUACGCCGAACAGAGCGGCUACACUUUGCAUAGGCAGAAGAUUACGGUAAUCAACACGGAGCAAACGGCCGUCUACGGGAAAGACACAGGUACGCUGAGAGAGCAUGCAGAGCCCGACCGCGUGUGCAGGAGUGCUGCUCACCCCGAAGCUCAUCUUCACUUCAGUUCUGGCUCAUGAGAUGAUCCACAGCAUGAACAUUGGUCAUUCCUACAGUGAUCGGAAAAGAAAGGUCAGUGAUUCAACUGUAUAAAAGGAGAAAAGGUUCGCACGUGAGGAUAUCUUUUUUUUUUGUCAACUUCAAAUCAGUUUCGUAACAAAAAUUGACGUAAAUCUAUUUCUUAAUUAUUUGAUCACCUCCUUCUAGAUGAAAAAAAGUCGAUUAAAGAAAACGAUCUGAGAAGAACAGAAUUGAGAGGAUUUUGUGAGAUUUUUCAUAAAUUAGCUACUUAAAGCUGAUCAUUCGCCAUUUGCUUUUGAUUUCUCUUUCAAGGUGUUCACUUACUCGAGCUUCGGCGAAUACGAUGACAAGUAUGACUUGAUGUCGACCGCGAACGCGCACAUGCGUCCUUCGACAUAUGGACUGAGCGGUCCCGGACUCAACGGAGCUCAUUUGGACUAUCUCGGUUGGCUGCCGUCUAACCGAAUGCUCUACUUUGGACGGUACUAUUUCGAAAGUAUUUUCAAGAUCGAGAAGUUCAGCGACGACCGACAGAACUACACCCUGCGGCUGUCGGCUUUGUCCGUGCCUCACAGGUCGACCAGCGGCUGGCUUCUUGUCAUGAUUCCAUACGACAGAGACGAGCCGUCGAAUGUCUACACCGUCGAGUACCGAACUCCUUCUGGCAACGACGCUGCCAUCAGACAAGUCGGGCUCUUCUGUGGAGCUGAUGCCAAAAACUACUUUUCCAGAGCGCCGUGGUGAUUCAUCAAGUGAAGAAGCGGGGGAUGUCUUUUUAUUCCAAGCUCAUCACACAUGUUCAACACGAGUUCGACGAAUUGACUGUGGGAACCGGUGAGAUCAAGAGCGUCUUUUAUUUUGUGCCUCAUUUCCAGAAUGGAUCAAGUUCCUGAAUUUGGACGAGAACGGAGAGUUUCAGUCAAUACGCGUUAAGGUAUUUUGAAAUUGUUACUCGUUUUAGGCUGAUUUCACAGGUUGAAAGGGUUCAUCCGAAGACUCACAGUGUCGACUUGAGAAUCGUGACUAACUUCCGGCCCGUGAGUUUUCGUUUUUGUAUUUUAAAAGAUUAGUUUAUAGAAGGGUUGAUGUUUAGGAGCGAUGUCUAAAUACCGAUACAAGCUUCGACGUGCCAUCCGAUCAAGGCCUCAACAGCCGCGGCGUCCAGGUGAGUGAUAAUCGCUUUUUGUUGAUGGAGCACAAAUUGUUUGGUGGUCUUCUUUUUGAAAAUUGCAGGAUGUGAAAUAAUUUCAAAGAACAUUUUGACAGAAAGUUUGCGUGGAAGGGGAUGAAGGAACUGUAACGCAGAAUCACAUAGACGUCCAAUAUGCCAGGGACGCCUUCUUUCAGCUGCGGUAAAGUUUAACCAAGUUCAAAAAAUUUUGUUUCUGAUUUAGAAAAAAUUUCGGCCAGAACGAAUGUAUUGCGGGGUACGAGUGGCGCGGAAUCGACGCUUACGACUACGCCUGCGUCGUCGCCCACAGGUGGGAAUCCUUUCCAAUAGUUCUGGUUUGGCAAAGAACGGCGUGUAGAGCAUCUCACUCUUCUUGUGAUACUAGAAAACCAUUUUCAAGCGUUCCGACGAUCAUCACUUCUCCAUGGUCCACGACAGUUUUCGAACCGACAAAUACCUUAUCAAUUUUCGAAUGAUUUAGCAGAGAAACUUUUCUGGAGUUUGAACGAUCAAUCAAAUAAUCAAUUUUUUGGUUUGCUCAUAGAUGGAAUCGACUAGGCGGUGAACAAAAAAUAUUAAAGCUAUAACGAACAACCGCUAUUGACAAAUUAAAAGUCGAAACGUGUAGUUGAUUAAGUUGAAAGCAUGGUCUUACGGUCCUGCGCCUCGUUCUUCCUCGCGUAGUUCAUCCAGUUGCGCCUUGACGAGCUCAGCAUGUAGUGGAUUUGGUGCUGGAUCCUGGAGGCCGUGCUCUAGGUGCAAGCCUCGGUAUGAGAGCGACCACUUUGAAUGAAGAUUUUACACUAAACAAAUGUGUAAAUUUUUUUUUUUGUUUGAGUGGGAGAGAUCUCUUCGAGAAGAAAGACCCGGUUCAGAAAUCAUAAUCAUUCUUUCAGAAAGCGCGAAGUUCAGCGACAAAUCGAGGAAGAAGAAGAAGAAGAAGAAGAAGAAAACUCUGUGGUCUCAUCCUGCGAUGAUGGCCAGCUUCCUCGGAUCGCUUUUCAGGUUCAAAUACUUCCUUAUUAUCAUUUUCUUUUUCUUUUUCAACUAGAUUGGCUUUCUCUUCAAAAAGAUUAUUCAUCAAUCUAGAUAUAUAUUUUAGGUAUAUUCAACUGGACCGAAAUUAAAAUCGCAUUUUUGAACUUUUUGUUAAACUUUAAUUGAACUCGAACCUUCUUUUUUGUUUAAUGGUGUUUUAUAUAACUCAAUCCUACCAUAAUUUCGUAAAUCAAACUAAAAUCUCAAUGAAUUUUUUACUAAAGUUCCCCCUUGACCAAACUCCAAGUUUUCGGGCUCUUGGCACACUCACUGAAUUCUUCAUAAAUUAUUUGUUAGAGUUUUUAGAACCAAAGAUAUAUUCGAAUUAGGUAAAAUUCGGUUUUAAUUAUGUCGAGCUUGCUCAGAAACUUCGAAGGUUUCCCCUCUUCUUGUUCUUGGAUCACCAAAUAGAGCUUCAGGGAGACGUCAAAUGCGUUGAUGAUGAAGAGCGACGGCUCGUGCAGAAAGAAAACUUGCAGUCACAUAGAUACAUUAAGAAUUUUGCUUUUUUUAAUGGCGACGAUCCCGUCGGCGUAUAG